AGAAGUGUCGGGGAAGUAGGCGCUGGUGAGGCAGUGACUUCGCAGCGCACGAGUCUGUUGGACGAGGAUGAACAGCCGUUUGCAGGAGAUCAGGGAGCGGCAGAAAUUGCGCCGGCAGCUUCUGGCUCAGCAGUUAGGAGCUGAAAAUGCUGAUAGUAUUGGUGCAGUACUGAAUAGCAAGGAUGAGCAAAGGGAAAUUGCUGAAACAAGAGAAACAUGCAGGGCUGCUUAUGAUACAUCUGCUCCAAAUUCUAAACGUAGAUAUCCUGAUGAGGGAGAAGCUGAUGAAGAAGAAAUAGAAGAAUAUAAAGAUGAAGUGGAGCUUCAACAAGAUGAAGAGAACCUACCAUAUGAAGAAGAAAUUUACAAAGACUCCAGCACUUUUCUUAAGGGGACACAGAGCUUAAAUCCUCACAACGAUUACUGUCAGCAUUUUGUGGAUACUGGACACAGACCUCAAAAUUUCAUCAGAGAUGUGGGCUUAGCAGAUAGAUUUGAAGAAUAUCCAAAACUCCGGGAACUCAUCAGGCUGAAAGAUGAGCUAAUAUCUAAAUCUAACACUCCUCCAAUGUAUUUACAAGCUGAACUGGAAGCUUUUGAUCUUCGUGAACUCAAGUCUAAGUUUGAUGUGAUACUUUUAGAACCACCAUUAGAAGAAUACUAUAGGGAGACUGGCAUUACUGCUAAUGAGAAAUGCUGGACAUGGGAUGAUAUUAUGAAGCUGGACAUUGAAGAAAUUGCUGCCCCACGAUCAUUUGUCUUUCUUUGGUGUGGUUCUGGUGAGGGCCUGGAUCUCGGCAGGGUGUGUUUGCGUAAAUGGGGAUACAGAAGAUGUGAAGAUAUCUGUUGGAUUAAAACAAAUAAAAACAAUCCUGGGAAGACUAAGACUCUGGACCCUAAAGCUGUUUUUCAGAGAACAAAGGAACAUUGCCUUAUGGGCAUUAAAGGAACCGUGCGCCGUAGUACAGAUGGGGAUUUUAUCCAUGCUAAUGUUGACAUUGAUUUAAUUAUCACAGAAGAGCCAGAAAUUGGCAACAUAGAGAAACCUGUGGAAAUAUUUCAUAUUAUUGAACAUUUUUGUCUUGGAAGAAGGCGGCUUCAUCUUUUUGGACGAGAUAGUACCAUCCGGCCAGGCUGGUUAACUGUUGGACCCACACUCACAAACAGUAACUUCAAUGCUGAAACAUAUACGUCGUAUUUCACAGCUCCCAACUCCCACCUAACUGGUUGUACAGAAGAGAUUGAGAGACUCAGACCAAAAUCACCACCACCAAAAGACCGAGGAGGUGGUGUGCCAAGGGGUGGAGGAAGAAGCGGGACUUCAGCUGGCCGAGGAGAAAGGGGCAGAGAGAGAAACCGAACUAACUUCAGGGGGGAAAGGGGUGGAUUCCGAGGGGGACGGGGAGGUACUCACCGGGGUGGCUUUCCUCCUCGCUGAGCAGUGAAAAUCUUCCAUUUUUUCCUGCCUUUAUACUACUGGCUUUUUGUUUUAAAAAAAUACAAUUUUAGUUCUGUAGUUACCUUUAUUAGCAGCUCAUCCUAGAGAGGUGCUACCAAAAUGUUUUUGUGCCUAUUAUGAGCCAGACCAGAUGUGGUACAAUAAUCCAGAUUUUACAAUAAAACACAUUUACUAUGAAA